AUGAUGGCCAUGAACGGCAAGCAGCACUUCUCCAUGCACCCUGCGCUGCACCCGGGCUCCGAGGGCAUGCGGCGGGUGUGCCUGCCUGCCCCGCAGCUCCAGGGCAAUAUAUUCAGCGGCUUUGAUGAGAGUCUGCUGGCCCGCGCUGAAGCUCUGGCGGCGGCUGACAUCGCGUCUCACGGCAAGAGUCACCCUUUCAAGACGGACGUCACCUACCAUACCAUGAGCAGCGUGCCCUGCACCUCCUCUUCGUCCACAGUGCCCAUAUCCCACCCUUCAUCCAACCUGCCCUCGCACCACCACCACCACCACCACCUCAGCCACCAGACCCUGGAGGGGGAUCUGCUCGACCAUAUUUCCUCCAGUUUAUCGGUCAGCGGCAUGGGUGCGCCGCCGGAUCCGUCGGUGAUGACCACUCAAGCCCACCAGCACCACCUGCAAAUGGGUCACUUGCAUCAAGCCAUGGCCAUGGGCCACCCGCACACCCUGUCGGUCCACAACGGGAUGGCGUGCGUCAACGACGUGGAGUCCGAUCCCAGAGAGCUGGAGGCGUUCGCGGAGAGGUUCAAGCAGCGGAGGAUAAAGCUCGGAGUGACCCAGGCGGAUGUGGGGUCUGCCCUGGCCAACCUGAAGAUCCCGGGGGUCGGCUCGCUGAGCCAAAGCACCAUCUGCAGGUUCGAGUCCCUAACCCUAUCCCACAACAACAUGAUCGCUCUCAAACCCGUCCUCCAAGCCUGGCUGGAGGAGGCUGAAGCGGCUUACCGGGAGAAGAACGGAAAACCGGAGCUUUUUAACGGGAACGAGAGGAAACGAAAGCGCACGUCCAUCGCGGCUCCGGAGAAGCGAUCGCUCGAGGCGUAUUUCGCCAUCCAGCCGCGACCGUCGUCGGAGAAAAUCGCGGCGAUCGCGGAGAAGUUGGAUCUAAAGAAGAACGUGGUUCGGGUUUGGUUCUGUAAUCAGCGACAAAAACAGAAAAGGAUGAAAUACUCGGCAGUGCACUAG